AUGACAAUAGAAGAUCCAGACCUUGAGGCUGGGAAAAAUAUUGAUGUCGACGAACUACUAGCGUCAUUUGCAAUUGACUUACCUGAUGAACACACCGAUCCUGAGAAGUUACUACGCAGAGAGUUAUUAUCACUUAAGCAAAUGAGAAAAACCCUUACUGAUAUUGAUCAUGAAGUUAAGAAGUGUGAACGUAAAGAAGAGAAAUCGAAAGCUAUGAAACCAAGGGAAAAAGCUAAAGAAGAAGCGAUGAAGCUUCUUAAGUCAGGAGCAAUAUCAAUUGAGAACAAAAAUGAGCGUCACACAUUUAAACGUAAACCUAAGGAAAGUGAAGAAGAUGAGGUGCCAGGACCCAACGUGAACUUAAAGGUAAAACAGUCACUCUACCGCAAUUUUCUACCUGGUCCAAUACUUAACGCGUUGGGACCUGAGGAAAAAAAACUAGACGUCUUAUCUAACCAUAAAGCGGCUACUUGUGAAGGUAACUGUACGGAUGCUUCUGAGACCUUACAAACUAAGAGGAAACAGCAGUUCAACCUCCUACUGGAUGACAAAAAUUUGGAUACGGACCAAAUAAUGGAUGUUUCAGAUUCAUGCAGUGUCGAUCAUUUACAUUCUCCGAACCGACCACCGCACUCUACCUUAUAUGUUGGAUAUCAUAAUAUCACUGAAUCUUUUAUUCAUGAUGUUUUCAAGCCUCAUGGUACCGUUGUAAGGAUUAGGAUUGGUAAUCCCUCCAAUUCCAGUUAGGUUUUUGAGGCGUGAAUUAUAUUUUCCUGUUAUAAUUUAUCUACGAAAAUAAACUCAUCGCCAUAUAUCUUUGUAACCUUGGUUCGUUUGAUGUAGUCGUCUGGGAAACCAAAUAGAAACAUAAUACAUCUACUUCAAAAGUGUAAACGAGCUUAUGGCCAGUUAUGUUUUAUUAUAUCAUUAAGCUGAUGACUUGAACUAACCGAAGUGGUCGAACUACCACAUUUGAAAAUGGGAUUAUGUCCUUUUUGGUACUUCAGUCCAACUGCUUCAAGCUAAACCUCUUCAUCAUAGUAUGCUAAGGUAAGCAGUAGUUGGAAAAAUUCGAAUUUCAAGUAUAAUCACUCUGGUCAGUUAACUUUCAUCCCAUACAGACAGACAUCAAUACAGGGCUUGGGACAGAUAUGUUUUGUCCCAAGUUUCCAUACCGUACUAGGAUGACGAUGUGAAGACGAACCGCGACGCAGACUGACAUAAUAUUGCAUCAAUGAUAAAAAGGAAAACUGAGCUUUGGGGAUAUGAUUCAAAAUGGCAGCUCGAUUGAAGUGAAAGAUGAAUUUUACAG